AUGAUGCUUAUGAUGUCGUCCCUGGCCUCGAAGUUAGUUUUCAUUGCUGUUGACACUCUACAUCGACUGCUAUCGAAAAUGACUUCUCACGAGAACGAUACUCCUCUCCCUGUUCCGUACACUUCCCGUCUCGGACAACCACUCGAGGCUGGACAGACUCUGAAUGUUCAUGGAAAGAUCAACGAGGGAGCUCAAGUCGCUGAGCUUAAUCUUCUUCGCGGUGGAGGUGAAAUCACUCCAAAUACCCAAGUCAUUCUUCACUUGAAACUCAACUUCAAGGACAAGAAGAUCGUUAUGAACAGCUACGAUAACGGUGUCUGGGGAAAAGAAGAGCGCGAGUCGAUUCCAUUCAAAGCUGGAGAAGACUUCGAUCUUCGCAUCCGCGUUCUCGAAGAAUCAUUCGAAAUCUCUGCUGACAACAAGAAGAUUCACGAAUUCAAAUAUCGUCUUCCAUUCCAGUCGAUUGAAUAUCUUUCUGUCCGUGGCGAAGUCUCCUUGAAUGGAAUUCAUUGGGGAGGACGUUUCUAUCAAUUGCCAUGGGAGACUGGAUUCCCAGCUGGACAUCUCGAGAAGGGACAGCGUAUUCAUUUGUACGGAGUACCAAAAGGUGAUCGUUGGUCAUUCGAUUUGGUCGCUCGUAACCAGGAUGUUCUCUUCCAUUUCAAUCCAAGACUGAAGGAGAAAGUUGUCGUUCGCAACUCCCACCGCAAUGGAUUCUGGGACAAUGAAGAGCGUGAAGGAGCCUCUCCAUUCAAGAAAGACGUUGGAUUCGAUUUGACCAUCAUCAACGAGGAGUUCUCGAUCCAAAUCUUCAUCAACCGCGAACGCUUCGGAACCUUCCAGCAUCGUACUCAAAACCCGAUCGGCGACUACAUCGGACUCAGAAUCGACGGAGAGGUCGAAGUUACUGGAAUUGAAUUCUCUCAUUAA